UCAAUCUGCAAGAAGCCUUACAAUAAUAGCAUUACUGUACUUCCCUAAGUCUGGAUUCCUCUGCCCCAAAGCCGCUCAGGGAAACUCCAUCCCCGAGUGCCACAAGCAGCUCCAGCUCAACCUCUGUGGCACGGAGCAGCACGGGGAGAUGCCCCAGGAGAGAGAGAAGCGGAGGGCGAGGGCACACCAUGCUCGGGCUGGCAUGAGGAGGGCAGCCGGGUGAGCUCCUGCCCGGCAGCGCCCGGCUCGGUGUGGCACCCCAGGGGCAGGACGGGACCCGGGCUCAGGCACCACCUCAGAUGCAGCUCGCCUUCAAAGGAGGCCCCUACAGUAAAAGAUAGCCCCAGGAAUGAGCUUUGAGCUACCACCAGGACAGCAUAAAGAAAGCCAGAGCACAUUUUAAUACAAACUCAACAGCAUGGAAGCAUCCCAGAUCCCCUGUGCUUUGGGUUCCGCAGGGCAGAGGCCCCGAGGAGGGGACAAGGCCACCAUGCCCAGGAGGGCACGGCCGCGCCCGGGCGAGAGCUACGAGGAGAGGAGCGAGCGGCGGCAGCAGGAGCGGGAGCGGCUGCGGCGCAGGGACAGGGCCACAUCUGCCCGGGCCCCGCGGCCCCCGGCCAGCAGCCCCCGCCAGAGAGAGUUCCUCAGGAGGAGGAACCUGGCCGGGCCCGGGGGGACCCUGCCGGGACACCCGCCCGGGGCACCGAGCCCUCCGGAGCCCUCCUCACGCGUGGAGCCCAGAGCGAGCAUCCCGCUGCAGCCCCCGAGGAGCUGCCCCACCUUCCCCCCGGCCCGGUCCCGGUCCCGGUCCCCGCCGAGCCUCAGCCCCCCCCGGGCACCAGGGCGCUCUCUGCACACCCAAGGGAUGCAGACCCUGCCAAGCCCCAGCUCAGGAGUGACAGACUCGAGCCAGCAGACAGACUGGGGAAUAGCAGUUUUAAAUAAGGAAAUGGUGCAGCUCUCCAACUACCUGAAGGAGGCCCUGCACCGCGAGCUGCUGCUCAAGCAGAAGAUGGUGAUUUUACAGGAGCUCCUGUCCACCCUGCUGCAGGCGUCCGAGAAAUCCUGGCAGGGCCAGCUGAACGAGGACAAGCUGAGGUGUAAACUGCGGGUGCUGGAAAAUCAGCUGCAGGCCUGCACCCAGAGUUACUCCAAGGAGUGUGUGAAGAAGAUCCUGAUAGAGAUGGAGGACCAGAAGGAGGCCUAUGAGCAGAAGGCAAAAGAGGCUCUUCAGAAGAUUAUGGAGGACAAAUGCCUAACAGAGCAGCAGCUGGAGAACUCUCAGAGGAGCCUGGCAGAGAUGCGAGAGGACCUGGCCCUCUGGAAGGAGCACAACGCCGCACUCCAAGCCGAGCUGAGCAGCGUGACCACGGCGCACAGCGAGCUCACCAACAGCUUCCAGGCCUUGCAGAGCGAGCUCCAGCGAGCGGAUGCGCAGAGCGAGCGGCUGCGGCGGGAGCUGCGGGCGCUGCGGGACGAGCGCGCGGAGCUGCUGCAGCGAGCCGGCGUCCUGCGUGGGGACAACGACCGCCAGGCCGGCCACAUCCGCCACAUCCAAGAUAAAUUGCAAAAAGAACAAGAGCAGAAAGUAACACUGGAGGCAACAAUCAGCCAUUUGCAGAACUUGAUCCACAACCAGAACAACCAACAGAAGAGCCAGGAGGUGACGGUGCAAAGGAAAGACCAGGUUUUCACCACACAGACCCCAUCUCUCAUUCCUGCCAAGGAAAAACAAAGUGCUCUGUCAGAGCACCCCGAGGAGGAGGAGGAGGAGGAGGAGGAGGAGGGAACAGAAAGUCUGAAGGAUGAGAUGCAGAAAAGGACAUUCCAGCUCACAGCAAAGGAGAAUGAGGUACCCGAGGGCGCUCGGGCAGAGCCGGGCAGUGCCCGGGCACAGCGCUGCAGCGGCUGCAGCUGCCCGGCCGCCCCCGGUGCCUGCAGAGCCCCAGGCAGCGCUCCUGCCGAGAGCCCCUGGCUGUGCCCGCAGUGCUCGGAGCUGCGCUCGGAGCUGGAGGCGCUGAGCCAGGAGUACCAGUCCUGCCUGACGCGGCUGCGCCAGUGCCGCGACGAGCUCAACCGCUGCCACGGCAGCCAGGCGCAGAGGCGGCGCGGUGCCUGCAUCCCUCUCCUGCUGGCAGUGGCAGCAGUGGCCAUCGCCGCCUUCCUGGCGAGUUACGGGCUGUGAAGGAGCUCCUUGACGACUGACUUCACUGCAGGAACUGACCUCUGCUUCACCAAAAGCAGCCUGAGCUCACCUCACCUUCUGCUGUUUUGUAUGUGCACAUUGGGUUCGUAUGCCGAGCUGGUCUCACUCCAGACAGCUCCUGUGAACGCGGGGAC